AUGGAUUAUUCUCAGAAGAAUCCAUCGUAUAACCCAUCGUACAAUCCAUCGCGGUUGCAGAGGUUACGGAGACCAGGAAAGUUAAUCACAGCAACCGGUAUAGUUUUAGGGUUUGGAAUCAUUCUUACGAUUUUGAACAUCUAUGAGCUGCACAAGAUAAAGGAGGACCAUAUGUUACACAUUCAGCCUGCUACUGAGGCCAAAACAGGAACAUUUGGAUCCAAACAACCUGUUGUUUGGGUGGAUGGCAAACAUCUUGGGACGGGCUACUUGAAGCAUGUGUUUGCCGUAUUUGACAGAAUUGGGUAUGCUGUUGGUGACAGUGAGUCUAAGUGGGAUGUCCUCUGGUCACAUGAAUAUCCAUUUGAAACAUUGUCCAAGAAGUUGGCAGAUCUUAAACCUCACCAAAGGGUGAACCAUUUCCCAGGAACAGGCUACAUCACGAAUAAAGUCAGUCUGGCUACCUCCUCCAUCCCCUACAUCCCCAAAGCCUUCAAAAUACCUUCAGCGAAAGAAGCAUUUCUGAAUUAUGCAAAGCAACACCCUGAGAAGCUGUGGGUACAGAAACGAAACAGUCAUCGUGGAAUCAAAAUAAAGAAAAUCAACGAGUUAGAUUUAGCAAGUGAUGGAUCAUUUGUUCAAGAAUAUAUAGAUAAGCCCUUCCUUAUAGAUAAAAGAAAGUUUGACAUAGGUGUGUACACAGUCCUGACAUCCAUCAACCCUCUCAGAGUUUACAUAGUGGAAGGAGAGGUCCUGAUCAGGUUCUGUGCUAAUGAUUACCAUCCAUUUGAUCCUACUAAUACAAAGAAGUAUGUCGUUGAUGACAACUAUACCCCAGUUUGGGAGAUGCCGUCACUAAAGACUAUAUAUGAUGAUGGCAUGUAUACAUGUAAGGAGACACUGGACACUUACCUGGAACAAACAGGACGUAACCAUCUGAAGCUUUGGGAGGACGUAAAAGAUUCCAUCAGACAGGUGUACCUACAUAAAGAAAAACGUUUAAUUUCCUCAUCGGGUCAUUUCAUGAACAAAAGAAAUUUUUUUGAGAUGGUGCGGUUUGACUUCGUACUGGAUGAUCAGUUAAAUGUCUAUUUGAUGGAGGUCAACAUGUCCCCCAACCUAUCAUCAGGCCAUUUCUUGAGGAACAAGAGGAUUUAUGAGCAUGUGGUGUACAAUAUGCUGUCUCUAGUGGGUGUGAUUUUGUUAACACUGAGUUUUUUAUCGUGCAGUGACUUAGAUGAAAAGGAUAUGCGAGCAUCAGACAAGGAUGUGACAGUGUUCCCCAUGUGGUGCUCAGACAGAAAAUGUCAGACAGACUGUCAUUCAGAGAAGUGUUCCAUCUGCCAUCAGUGCCUCAGUAGGGAACUGAAAGAUUCCUUCAAACAUGCAUUCAUGGAGCAUAUGGGCAGGGGCAGUUGCCGUAGGAUCCUCCCACAGCCUGUGAAACAAGAAGAGGCACUUAAAUGGAGUCCAGCCACAGCAUCUCAGGAAUACCAUUCCCUCAACUCUCGCAACAAAAUAAUGUACAGCUGGUUUGUGGGCAAGUGUCGACUAGACCCAGGCUGGUGUUACUGA